AUGGCAGCCAAGCCUACCGACGAGCACCCAGCCAGCGUCCCUGACUUCAAGCAGAGAGUGAUCCACGAGCCCGGCACUUCCGCCAUCUCCAAGAACAUCCCCCUCUCUGAGGUGAACCGUCAUUGCACGCCUGAGAACUGCUGGGUGGCUCUGAACGGCAAGGUCUAUGACCUCUCCGAGUUCAUGGAUCGUCAUCCCGGUGGCCCCACGACCAUCCUCGCCUGGGCGGGGAAGGACGCCUCGAAGUUCUUCAACGACAUCCACAAGGGCGUGAAGAUCGACGCCUACUUGCGACCGGAGGCUUUCCUGGGCGACCUGGGUGUGGACGAGAACCUGAUGUCGGACCAGUUCUGGCACACGCUGCGCGAG